UAAUUAGUUUUCAAUCGCAAAAAAAUCUUCGUCACUUCCUCCCAGUGCCUAUAUGACAAAAUGGGUUGUGGUUGAAGUCUGAAAAUCAAAAUCUUCACUACUUAGCCUUAUUAUGCUUCUCUUGCUUUCUCUCAAGUCUCGUCUUAUGCGAAUCAACAUGCAAGUUCUUUCAGGAGCUUGGAUAUCAGCAAUACUUUUGCUCUUACUAGGCACAACAAUACUAUCUGAUGCUUCAAGGAAGAGUAUUGGAAAUCAGAUGAUGAAGGAAGCUGUCUUUUUGUCCCCCAAAUUUGAACUAACACCUGGCUCAGUUCUAAAUAGAUAUUACUACGAUAUUCCCUUCCCAAAAGGCCAUAUUGCAAUCAAGAGCUUCAAUGGUGAAGUAGUUGAUGAACAAGGCAAUUCUGUACCUCUUCAUGAGACUUAUCUCCACCAUUGGCUUGUGAUCAGAUACCAUCAACAGAAAGGCAAUACAAGCACACUCAAGGAAGGCCCAAGAGUACCUGAUGAAGCAGCCUUGGGUCAUUUUGUGAUAAGGAAUAGUGGGAUAUGUCAGAAUGAUUUUCUAAUACAUUAUUUCGCCAUCGGGUCCGAAACACGAAGAACUGAAACAUAUAUUCCAAAUCCUUUUGGGGUAGAAAUAGGAAAUCUUGCUGAGAUCCCAAAAGGGCAUGAAGAAAAAUGGAUGCUUAAUGUUCAUGCAAUUGAUACGAGAGGUGUAGUAGAUAAGUUAGGAUGUACUGAGUGUAGGUGUGAUCUUUAUAACAUCACAAAGGAUGGAUUUGGGAGGCCUUUGGAAUUGGAUUAUAAAGGUGGUUCGAAGUGUUGUGAUCAUAAAGCUCAAUGCAAGCUGAGGGAAGGUUUUAAAGGACCAAAGAGAAGCCUGCAUAUUAGAUAUACAGUUAAGUGGAUUGAUUGGAGUGAUUUGAUUGUUCCUCUUAACAUCUACUCAAUUGAUGUGACUGAUACUUUGCAAAUAUCAUCCAGUGGAUCUUCCAAAACAAGGAGUACAACCCAUAAAUGUAUGUUUGAGUAUCAAGUUGAGUCAUGCAACGAGAAGCAAAAAGAUAGAAGUGCAUGUGUUCAUGUGAAGAGAUCAAGGCUCCCAAUGCCUAGAGGAGGUCAUGUCAUCUAUGGUGUUGGCCAUCAACAUUCAGGUGGAAUUGGUUUAACUUUGUAUGGAAAGGAUGGAAGGGUGAUAUGUUCUUCAAAGCCAAUCUAUGGAAAAGGAAAGGAAGCAGGAAAUGAAGAAGGGUAUGUAGUGGGAAUGAGCACUUGUUAUCCCAAACCUGGUUCUGUCAACAUCAUGGAGGGUGAAACUAUCACUUUGGAGUCAAACUACAAUAACACUCAAGGCCAUGCUGGAGUUAUGGGCAUUUUCUUCCUGUUCGUGGCAGAACAUCUUCCUCCUCAACAUUCUACGUAUUUAUCUCCUCCUUAAUAUUCACUGUGUCAAUUAAGGGUUGAAUUGGAGGAUUGCUUGCCAUUGUGUCCUUCCGUUUAUUUUCUUGUGUGUUUUUUGGGUAUGCUAGCUUUGUCACGUUUUCAAGUUUGGUUCUCUUUCUUCUUUUUCGUUGUUGUUUGUGUCUUUUGGUUUUGUAUGUCUCUCGUUUUCUUUCUUUUCUUUCUAUUUGUGAACCUGUGAUAUUAGUCUACUUAUAUCUUGGGCUUUUUGUAA